UCACGUGACUGCUCUGUUGAAUUCCGACAGUGCAAGUUUCAAGUACCCAAAAUACAACCCAAAUAAACAACGGUUUUGGAGUGAAGGACACGUUAUUUUUUACUGCAUGGUGUUAAUACUGCCUGGAUGUCCGACACACCAUGAAAGCUCUACGGGUUUCAAGACAUUAUGUACGGGAAAGCGAGUGCAGAUUUUAACGGAGCCAACGACUUCGUCGGCGAUGGUGGCUUUAGCUUGAAGGAGUCUCGCUAUGAAAACGAAUCAAAAAUCCAACUGAACAGGCUUGACACAGGGGAAGAAAAGACCAAUGAAAAACACUAUGAACAACCAGGAUCUGCGAAUGGACAUAGCGGUCGAUUAGACUUACUUGGUAGACCAGUACCUGGGUCAAAAAAUCGCCCCCAUUCGGAGAAAUAUCGCCGGAUUCAACUUUACUGCUACAACUUUUUAGAAAGACCUCGCGGGCUAGCGAUCGUGUACCAUGUUGCACUAUGCAUCCUAGUGAUUGUAAGUUUGAUCCUGACGGCCCUGAGUACUGUAAAUAUCUAUGAAGCAUUGCUAGACACUCCAAUAUUUAUUGUGGAAAUUGUACUCGUAACUGUAUUCAUAGUAGAAUAUGGCUUGCGUUUAUGGUCGGCUGGGUGCCGAAGUACAUAUGUGGGGCUCAGAGGCAGGCUCAACUUUGCCAAGAAAACAUAUGCGAUAUUAGAUGUGUUGGUGAUUUUCUCUUCUAUUGCGGGUUUAGCACUCUCAACGAAUGGAUCAUCAAUAACUGUUAGAUUAGUUCGGUUUUUACCUCUUCUUCGAGUAUUGCGAUUCGAUCGACAAGGAAGCACCUGGAAGCUUCUUGCAUCAGUUAUUUAUAUUCACAGAAAGGAGUUGUUGACCACUCUAUACCUGGGUUUUAUCAGCCUUAUCUUUGCGUCCUUCGUCCUGUACAUGGUGGAAAAGGAUGAAAACGUCAAAUUCGACAGCUGGCCUAACUCAUUCUGGUGGGGAAUUGUUACGCUGACCACGAUUGGAUAUGGCGACAAGACACCUAUCACGUGGUACGGUCGGCUGUGCGCCUCGAUAUUCGCGGUCUGCGGCAUCUCGUUUUUCGCGCUCCCUGCCGGUAUUCUUGGAUCGGGAUUCGCACUUAAAGUGACGCAACAGCAAAGACAGAAACAUUUUCACAGGCGCAGAAGGCCAGCGGCUAUACUCUUACAGUCUUACUGGCGGAUGUAUUGCGCUGAUAUCAACUCCAAGUCCGUGGCCACUUGGUUACCUCAUAUUUAUUACCAUAAACCCACGGUGAACUCAAUACCGUCCGGCGCCGACAAACCCUUCUCUUCUAUAGGCGUAGAAAGUCCGGUGGUGCAACCGCGUAAAGGCCGCAAGCUAUCCGCCGUCUGGAAAAACAGAAACGAAGGCAAAACAAGUCGGAGCCAAUCCGCGGAGAUCGCUCGAGUCGGCAAGCCUGAUUCCUUGGAAAACUUCCGCAAGGGAAGUCUGGCAAGCACGCUUGACACUGGAUUUUUUGUUCCAGGUGAAAACCUCCACUGUACUUUACUGUACACCAGAAAGUCCUUGGUCUCCAGUGGGCUUUUCACGUCUGAUGAAGCAAAUAUUUCUACGUCUGAAGAUGGCGAGCCUGCAAUCUCGCUCAGCAAUGCCCAGAAGCAUGCAAUUCGUUUAAUUCGACUUUUAAAGCUGAAAGUAGCGGUUCGAAAAUUCAAGGAAGCCCGCCGGCCUUACGAUGUGAAGGACGUCAUUGAGCAGUACUCGACCGGUCACGUGGAAAUGCUGGCGCGGAUGCGAAGCCUACAGCAGAGAGUUGAGAAGCUUCCAGGGACGAGAGAGGGCGACGAUGAUUUAUCCAAAUCCGACGUUAUUAAUCGACUGGUGAAAGUAGAACAGCAGGUAACUGUGCUGGAUCACAAAGUUGACGUCAUGCUGGGUCUACUUACCAAAAUGGCGGCUCUUGAGGGGAUAACCCAAGACUCGCACUUCAGCUACCCUCGCUCCCCUGGCCCCUCCCCUGGGGGAGGUUCUGCCUUCGGGGUACACCCGAAGGUCAAACGGACAUUUUCCGACCCACAAUCGGAAACCCGAACUGUUAAUCCGAUUUCAACAAACGAGCUUCCGAUGGUAAUCGUCGGCGCCGAUCCCUUAUCGGACCUGCCCGAACGUUGCCGAAGUGAUACAUUCCCAGCACCGUCUGCCUCUAAGAACUCAGAAUUCCCUGAAUACUCGCAGUCGUUUCCCAUACUGUGUUUACAGAAGGAUUCGGAGUCAUCUGGGGUGGUAAAUCCUCUUUGUUCCUCGUCUCAAAGCAGCGAUGACUCCCCCGGAGAGAUGGACCAUUUGAUCGCUCCAGGGUCACCCCCUAAGUCGGUGUUUUCUCGGUCCCGUCCGGGGAUACAUGAAAGACAGUUAUCCGACGUCACUGAAGGAGACGAGAGUAUUACGUCAGAGUCCCGGGAAAAUGAGCUUCACCAGUCUCUUUCGGCCGAGCUGCACCUAGACGCGAUAGGCGAGGACGAAAAAAGCGACAGCGAACCGAACAGUCCCACGGAGACGACCAGGUUAGGCGACUCCGAGACUCGGGGAUCAUUCGGAAGGCCUUCGGAGCGUUUUUCUGGAGACUUCGGAGAAACUUCGCAGAGACUUCCGGAAGAUGUCACUGAUCAUAUUCCGCUUGUAUGGGAAAAACAGGACACUGAUGUUCGGCGAAGGAGACGGUUUCCAAGCACAAAAACAUCCAGUGAAAGCUCCUGUGGGACUUUAGUGGCAGAUGGCUCGAAGGACCAAUCUCUGGAUUUAGUGCCUGGUCCAUUGGAGACCCCACCACAGGUGGGAGACAACAUUCAUGGGACAUCAUACCCUGAGGUGCCUGGUGCAUCCCAGGAUAAGGGUCUUAUCGAAGAGGACCCAGUAUCGACCCUUGACGAUUCUGUGACUUCCGCCGGAGACAGUAAAGCAAAACGAAGGCAGCUACAAAGAACCUCUCCUAUAGAAGUUUAAAAAGUUUUGUCUAGAUGCUAGUUUAGGGGAAAUAUCAGGAAAUAUUCCAUGAAGACUCUUAAUUUCACUUGGAAAAUUAUCUCUUAAGUGAAGAAAAAAUGUCUAAAUUCCUUAAAAUACAAGAUUACCUAGAAGCCCUUAAGAAUUAUAAGAAAUUUUGAAAUUGCCAUACUUUGUAGAUUUAGAAGUUAUUUUUACACGUUUAGAAGAGUCUUGAUUAUAUUAUCUAACAUGUUAUUUAUUUUGUAUUCUUCCUGGUUAUCAGGAGGUUAUACUUUCGAAAGACUCAUUUAGAGGUUAAAAAUUUUUAACAAGAUUCUUAUUCUACGAGGCCAGAUUUUUUUAAAUCGAUUAUGAUAAUAAUAGUUAUUUCAUAUUUAACAACCGACUAUGGUAUUAGUGCUUUUUAAAAGUAUGAACGUUCAGCAUUUUCUUGACACACAAUCUGGGAUUGGUUGAGUUAAGAAAUGACUGACAGAAAAACAACUUAUAAUGUAUGCAUCCGGAGAACUCUCAAGAUAUUUCAAACCGCAGUUUCCCAUGGGUCGAAGUGAUAGCAAUAAGUCGAAGAGUUGAUAAUUAGUGCCUAUUUUUAUACUGCUCAAAAGUGGUUUUAGCUUAAACGUUUUCUAGUGUAAUCUCAUAAAUGUUGCAUUGCAUUUUUUGCCGAAGAAAAAAAGGAUGAUGGUAAUAACAUGAUAUUAGGAUAGUUAUAAUAGCACACUUUAUUUAAUAUUAUCUUUGUGACAAACAUGUAUCUUAACUUAAAUAAUAUACUAUAAAUACGUAGAUAUAUGAAUAUUUUAAACGUUAUAUUAGUCAUUUAGUUUCCUUUUGUUAAUACAUGCGCUCAUACACGGCUAAAUACAUAAUAUAAUACAUCAUCGUAAUGGA